CAAUUAAGUGGACAUUUGCUUCGUUCCCACCAAGCCUUUGGACCUUUUUGUUCUUGUACUACACAUUAAAUCACAGACAUACAUGCAUCCCUCCUCAUGCAGCUUUUGCUCUGCAUUUUUGUGAGCAUUUGCUGUUCUUUUUCACUUUGUCCCCUGCAUUUUUUUUCCUGCAGAGAGUGAGGUAGGGCGAGCUGAGCUCAUUCUCCGUCUUUUCUUCUUGUUUUUUGGCUUGUUAACUACCCUUCCUGCUCGGUCCGUGGGCCCCUCCUCCCUUGAAGGGCUGCGCUUCUCAAACUCACUCUUCUUUUCUAAGAGAUGAGUCAGUAACGGACAGACCAUGGUCCUACACAGGCUCCUGCUGUUGCUCCACUGCUGCUCGGUGUUCCUCCCCUACUCAGCCUGCAACGAGACAGCCGGCAGAGGAGGAAGAGAGCGCAUCAAGGUGCUUUUCACCCCCACCAUCUGCAAGGUCCGCUGCACCUCGGGGCGCUGUACUAACUUCUGCGAGAACGGCAACAUCACAGCACUUUACAGUCACGAGCCUGACAGUCGACCAGCUGUGGGACCAGGCUUCCGAAUCUUCCUGUGCCCAAUGUUGUGCCAGAACGGUGGUGUGUGCAUCCAUAAAGAUCGUUGCCUGUGUCCACCUACCUUCACGGGCAAGUUCUGCCACAUACCGACUCCGCCCUCCACCAAUGACAUUGAGAAGCUGCCAUCCAGCCCCUCUGUGGUGCCCCGUGAGGAGAUCCUAAUGCACUCAGAGUACCUCGUCCCUCUGCAGAGUGAGCAGCAGCCUCAGUCCAAUACCAGCUCCUCAAUGGUGAAAGUUCGAGUCCAACAUCCACCUGAGGCCAGCGUCAAGAUCCAUCGGGUGCUGAAGGUGGGAUACGAGCCAGUGAUGAGGCAACAGUCAGAAACUGUCACAAGGCCUUCUGGUCUAUCAGGAGCCAGGAGUGGGCUGCUGCUGGAGGAGAGGACGGGAGCACGGCCAGCUCAGAUCCAGGCCCAGACUGUGCGCGGAGAUUCCACCUACACAGAAUCCUCGGGGUUCAAGUAUUGUUUCAGGGAGGUCCGCAAUGGCAAGUGUAGUUCACCUCUCCCUGGGCUCAGAAGCCAGGAGACCUGUUGCAGAGGGGUAGGAAAAGCUUGGGGCAUCAACGAGUGCAUCCUGUGUCCCUCCCACUCUGGAAACCGUGCCAAUGGAGAGAGCUGUCCAAAGGGGUUUGAAAGGAUCAACGGUACUCAGUGCGUGGAUAUAAAUGAAUGUUUGCAGCCUGGAUUUUGUGAGAACGGGAACUGCGUGAACACGCGUGGGAGCUACACUUGCGUCUGCAAUCAAGGAUAUUUACUGGACGCAUCUCACGGGAUCUGUAUCUCAGAGAAGGUCAUCUCAGAGGACAAAGGCCAGUGUUACCGUCUCCUGACAUCCGGCAUGUGCUCCUUGCCCAUCCUGAGGAACAUCACCAAACAAAUUUGCUGUUGCAGUAGAGUGGGAAAAGCCUGGGGAAAGAACUGCGAGAAGUGCCCUUUCUUUGGCUCAGCUGCCUUUAAGGAGAUCUGUCCAGCUGGACCAGGCUACCAGUAUUCCUCCUCUGCAGUGAAGUUAAACCAAAUUCUGCUGGAGCAAUUUGGUGCAGAGGGCCCCCCCCUCAGCCCUCAGAACAGGUCCCAGCAGUUGCCGGUCACUGUCGGCAACACCCAGCAAGGCAGACCUGCGCUUCUCAAUGUUUUGCCAACUCAGGUGUUAACAGCUCAUGUUCCACGGCAAAAAUCCGCCCAACAAGCAGAGAAUCAGUCUAUUUCACCAGUGAGACCGGGUCAGCCUGUCCGACCUCUCCCUAUUCCAUCAACUCCUCCACCAGUUCCACCAAGACAAGAUGCGCCACGAAUAUGUGAUGCCAAUCCCCUGGUUUGUGGGUCAGGUCGCUGUGUUGAUCAGCCUGGUGGGAGACACACUUGCAUCUGCAAUCCAGGCUACCAGCUCAACCCCCAGCAAACAAGGUGUCAAGACGUGGACGAGUGCAGGAGGACUCCCACACCCUGUGUUAAUGGACAAUGCCAGAAUACAGAGGGGGGCUACAGGUGUAUCUGCCCCAUGGGGUACCUGCCAGGACCACAAGGCAGUACCUGUAUAGAUUUGAAUGAGUGCCUCCAGACCCCAAAGCCAUGCUCUUUUGGGCAAUGCAAGAACACUCUAGGCAGCUACAAAUGUGUGUGUCUCACUGGCUUUAGGGAGAAUCCUCAGCAGAAUAAGUGCCUGGACAUUGAUGAAUGUCAACAGACCCCCAGGCCCUGUGGAAACGGUCGCUGUGAGAACAGUUUAGGUAGUUACCGUUGUGUCUGUCCUACUGGAUACACUUUCCAGGGUGACACCUGCACAGACAUUAACGAGUGUGAAGAUCCACUGCAAUGUCCCGGCCAGGAGUGCGUGAACUCUCAAGGUUCUUACAGGUGCAUCUCCUGCAGACCUGGAUUUGGCCUAUUAAAUGGAAGGUGCUCAGAUAUUGAUGAAUGCCAGAGGACUCCCAGUCCUUGUGUCAACGGCCGCUGUGAGAAUAGCCCAGGCAGUUAUCGUUGUGCAUGUGCUACUGGGUUUCAGCUCCAUGGCAAUACCUGCAUAGAUAUUGAUGAGUGUAAGAAUACUUUGCAAUGUCCUGGCCAGGAGUGUGUAAAUUCCCAAGGAUCCUUCAGGUGCGUGGCCUGCAGACCAGGCUUUGAGCUGAAAGGAAAACAAUGCCAAGAUAUUGACGAGUGUCACCAAAAACCCUGUCAUAAUGGACGCUGUGAGAACAGCCCGGGCAGUUACCAGUGCAUAUGCUCAAAUGGAUACAAGCCAGAGGGAGGCUCCUGCACUGAUGUUGAUGAAUGCAAAGACCCUCUGCAGUGUCGUGGGCAGGAAUGUGUGAACACUGAAGGUUCAUUCACAUGUGUCCCUUGUAGACCAGGGUACACCAUACAAAACGGAAAAUGCACAGAUGUGGAUGAAUGCCAGACCCCGGAGACCUGCGGUCCGGAGAGCCGCUGUGUCAACACCGACGGCUCGUACAGCUGCAGCUGCAGACCCGGGUACAGGGCAGUGGGCCCAGGACGGCAAUGCAGAGAUAUCAACGAGUGUUUUGAGGGCGAAUACUGCUUCCCACAUGGCGAGUGCAUGAACACGUUGGGGUCGUAUAUCUGUGUCUGCUCUGAGGGCUACAAGUCAAGCGGCAAUGGCAGCUCCUGCACUGAUGUGGAUGAGUGUUCAAGACCAGAGCUGUGCCUGGAUGGAGAAUGUGUCAACACCCAGGGCUCCUUCCAAUGCCAAUGUAAAGCUGGAUUCACAACCAGUCCAGAGAAGACGGCCUGCUUGGACAUCGACGAGUGUGCAGAGACUGGAGGAACAGUGUGUCAGCCCAGGCGCUGUGAGAACACCAUCGGUUCCUACCACUGUGUCACCACAUGCGAACCUGGCUACAGCAUCACUCCUUCUGGGCAGUGUGUGGACAUUAACGAGUGUGCCUCUGACAACAUCUGCGGGGAUCACGCUAUCUGCCAGAACUUCUUAGGGACGUACGAAUGCAUGUGCAACCAGGGCUACAAGGCCGUGGGCAAUGGAAGGGGCUGCGUGGAUGAGAAUGAGUGUGAAACCAUGGCGGGGGUGUGUGGAGCAGCACGUUGUCAGAAUGCAGAUGGCUCCUUCGUGUGCGAGUGCCCAGGGGUGGAUGAGGAGUUUGACCUGCGCACAAGAACAUGCUUCAGCCGACCUCAGUCGGGUCACCCAGACCUCCUCACCAGCUCUGCCUCAAUACCUUCCUCCAUCACCAUAGACCACCAACCCCAAACACAUAUUGCAUCCGUUCCUCUGCCUGCAUCCCAGCCAGGGGAACGGAAAGAGUGCUACUACAACACACAGCAGCACAGUACCUGCCACAUUCUGACCCGCAACAGCACACAUCAGGAGUGCUGCUGCACUAUUGGGGAAGGCUGGGGCCUGAAUUGCCACUAUGUGCCCUGUCCAAGUCCUGGCUCAGCGGAGUUCCAAACUCUGUGUCGAAGUACAAGGGGAUAUGUGACAACAGGAUCUGGUGCUUUCAGCUACAGAGAUGUGGAUGAGUGCAAGUUGUUUCACCCAGAGAUCUGCAAGAAUGGUGUGUGUGUGAACAACAUCCCUGGCUAUUCUUGCUAUUGCCCAAAUGGCUAUUACCAUGAUACAACACUGCUGCAGUGUAUAGACAACGACGAGUGUGAGGGAGAGGUGGUCUGCACUGGGGGGAUUUGUGUCAACACAGUGGGGUCAUUCUACUGUUCUUGUGAGCCACCUCUUGUGCUUGACGACACUCAGCGCAAUUGCAUCAACUCCAGCAGCUUCACCGUUGAUGAAGAUCUGGCCUUCUGCUGGCAGCAGGUGACAGAAGACCUGGUGUGCCAAAGGCCCAUGCUGGAAGGGAUGGUUACGUUCACUGAGUGCUGCUGCCUCCACGGGGAGGCCUGGGGGCUGCACUGUGCGUUGUGUCCCGCUCAGGAGUCAGAUGACUUUCAGGUGCUGUGCAAUGCCCCGAGACUCCCAGUCUUCCCCCCUCCUCGUAGACCACCAUAUUAUGGCCCUGGCCCUGGUCCUGGCCCUGGUCCUGGUCCUCGUGCUAACCCUGGGGAGGACUAUGGUCCGCCUUAUGAUCCCUUCCCUGAGCCCCCUGCUCAAGGGCCCGAGUUUGUCCCCGCAGGAUACGGUGGCUACUCCCCUCCGCGGGGGGUAAUACCUCAUUAUAGAGGCAGACCGCUGAGCUCCUAUGGACCACGAGAGACUCCCUAUGGCCAACAGAGCGGUGCGCAUUUCUAUGAGAGGGAAGAUGCAGUUGAGCGCCAAUAUUUAGCACCUGAGCCAGAAGCCAGACCCUCUUCUCGGAGGGCAGGCCCCCUUUCUGAGCCUGCUUACGAUGCCCGCCCUCGUCUCCCGAGUCGAGGGGGUUCGAGGAGUCUUGCACCCUUUCCGGAAAACUUGCCCUACCCCGAGGGUGAAGAGGAGGAGAAUGAGCCUGAUGAGUCGUGGAUGCCCUUUGUGCCCCGGGAAGGACCCACUUACCCCGAAUACCGAGGGAGGCCUCCCAGCACUGGCGGAGUCUUUGAGAGGCGCUACGAGUCUUACCAGGGUCUCGACAAUGACGAGUGCGGGAUUCUGCAUGGUUGUGAGAACGGUCGUUGUGUGCGGGUCUCCGAGGGGUACACCUGCGAUUGCUACAGCGGUUACAGGCUGGACACUGCCUCCAUGGCCUGCAGAGACAUUAACGAAUGUGAUGAGACACACAACCCCGAAACAUUAUGCGUGAAUGGUCGUUGUGUCAAUACUGAGGGCUCCUACUACUGCGUGUGUCAUCAAGGCUACGUCACAUCGCACCAGCCAAACUACUGCAUCCCCUCCAGAAGCCGCCCCUGAGCCUUUGCCCAUCAGCAAGAAGUUUGCGACUCAUCAUCAGCGCUCUCUUCGGUUGACCCCAAUCUCUGUUAGCAAUGAAGACCUGAGGGAGAAAAAUUGAUAUUCAUGGCACAGGUGGAUAUGUGAGAAAAAAAAUGACAGGAGUGAAGGAAGCAUGAUAUCUAAGUAUUUUAUCUUGGAACAUAUAGUCAUAAUGGUUUUUAUUAUGGCUGUACAUAUUUCUUUGUAUAAAAAGCUUAAUUUUUUUAACUGUUCAUUUCACAAGUUGUGAAGUGAUUUAAUUGUCAUCACAUAACUAUACAGAUUACGGACAACUGUAACUUGUAAUGUUACUGGAACAGAAGUUAGAACAUUUCAUGUAUAAUCAUUUGUAGGAUCUGCAAGGAGGAGGUAAAAUGGAGAAACCUACGUAUCUCUGCAAGUCACCUUGGCCAAAGGCAUCAGCUAAAGUAAAUAAAAAUAAUAAUAAAGCGAAAUAUACAGCUGUAUACAUGCAGUGAUGUCAUAGCGAAGGCUUUAAGAGUCAGACUUUAACAAAAUACAUUAGAUGUAUUUACAAGUAGUAAUGACACCAAAGCAGUUUUAAUGUGUUUCUUGUGUUAUUUAUGUUGUUUGUGCAAAUUAUGCUUUUUUAAAGGAAUGGCUUUAAUAUUAAUGUGAAUAUGACAACACGUCUUCUACUACUUCAUGAAAUGCUGCAGUUUUCAGAAAUGUUUCAAUUUAUGUAUUUUAAUAUCUAACAACAUGAUAAGACUGUUGCAGUUUACAAUUAAUUGUGGAAUACCUUUGUAAUACAACCUUUGCUCCACAUCACACGCAAAUUAUAAAUAAAUGUU